GGAUUCACUAGCCUUGGGAGGCCGGCCCCGGCCCCUCGCACGGGCCAGAAGGGUCCGCGUCGUGCCCUAGCCGGGUGUGUCCCCUCCCGGCCGUGCGGGGUGGGAGGGGCGGCUGCUGGGGCUGCUCCACGCCUGGCGGCGGCAGCGGCAGCUCCGGCCCGACUCCCCUUCAGCGCGGAGGCGCCAGAGCUGGCGCUGUCACAUGAUGCGGUUCCUGGAAAGUUCCUGGAAAGCAGCCUGUGCAGUCACCAGCGCGGAGAGGCGGGGGGCGCCCGGGGCUGAAUACGUGCACGCGGCCCCGCGCUGCCGGGGGGCGGCACGAGCCAGCUCCCCUUAGCAGAGGCCUGCGCGGUGCGGGAGAGAGGGGCUCCCCGUCCGCCUCCCGCUUCCGCGCGCGCGGUUCGCCCUGGGGGCCCUGCCCGCGGCGAGGCGCCGCCUGCUCUGCGCAGUAACAGCCCAGAGAAUCAGAGCAACCUGCUCGCCCCCCCUCCUGAGCCCGCCUGGCGGCCCCCACCUGGCUUCUUGUCUCCAAGUCCCGCCGCCCGGCUACUGACCCAGGGACGCUGGUGAGGCGAAGGCUGCGGCGGCCGGGCGCCCCGGGCAAGGGGCUGGGGGCAUGUCCGAGCGGCGCUGAGAGCCGGGCGCCGCAGGGCUGGAGCGGAGUCUUCCCGGGCUGUCACCGCCGGGUGACUUCUGCCUCCCCCCAAAUGACUCUGCGCUCUUCCGAGUCCUCGGAUGGUGCGGAGCGGGCCGGGGCCGAGUGGCGGGGUCCCGGGGCUGAGGUGACCGAGAGGGCGGCGGCGGAGCGCCUGGCCGCGGCCAUGGAGGAGCUGAGGCGGGCAGGGUGGUACUGGGGCAGUAUGAAUGUUGCUGAAGCCAAAGAGAGAUUACAGGAUACUCCUGAAGGUACUUUCUUGGUUAGAGACAGCUCCCAUUCGGAGUACCUACUGACUAUCUCAGUAAAAACAUCAGCUGGACCAACCAAUCUGCGUAUCGAGUAUCAAGACGGCAAAUUCAGACUGGACUCCAUUGUAUGUGUCAGAUCUCGGCUUAAACAAUUUGAUAGUGUGGUCCAUCUUAUUGAAUACUACGUUCUUACAUGCAAGGAUAGAAAAACUGGGCCUGAAACUCCAUCAAAUGGAACAGUGCAUCUUUAUUUGAACAAACCUCUAUAUACUUCAACUCCAUCUUUGCAACAUCGCUGUAGAAUAACUAUAAACAAAUGUACAAAUAAGAUCUUGGAACUGCCUUUACCAACAAGAUUAAAAGAGUACUUGAAAGAGUAUCAAUACCAGGUAUAAAUAUCUUUUCUAAAUAUGUCUCACAUAGAGUAACUUUGAAUGCAACUAUUAAGAUCAGCCAAAGAACUGAGUAUCCAGCUGUACAAUUCAGCAUGAAAUUUAUUAUUAAAAUAGGGUCAGUCGGGGGGGGGGGGGAGUGGGAGAAGAGGGAAGGUUUGGAUUUUAAAAUGCCUCCAAAUAAGGUUUUGCGCAGAGCCUUCCCAAAUCAUAUUUUUGAUGGGAGUGGAGGGGGUGAGGCUGCAGUCUCUUUAACAAGGUAUGUUGGCGUCAUAUUAACUUGUGAGGACUUGGGAUCCUGUCCAAAAUGUGGUGUUAUGUUUGAAGAAAAUGGUGUAGAGCACUAUAAUGGCCACCAUUGGUACAUAAAAUAGCAAAGAUGAUACUUGUAUUGCAGUAGCUCCCAGAAGCUGUAAAUGGGAUGAAGACCCUACUCUCAUAAGUGUGUGUGUGUGUGUGUGUACACACACAUAUAUAUAAUUUAGACUGAGGCACAGAUGCAUGUGUGCACACACACGUGUGUGUGUGUGUAACAGUAGGGUAAUAGAAAUAUGUGUUUACAUAGGGGAACUGGUCCACAGUUUGUUGCUCAGUCAUCACUUUUAUAAACAGGCAAAGGAUUAAGAUUAUCUUAAUGUCUGCUUUUUCAAAUAGAACAGAGCUUGAACAAGGACUGCCAAGACUCACUAUAAGCUAAACCUGCCCAGGUUGAAAUGCUGCAAAACAAACUGGGGUCCUUGUUUUUGAGCAAAACUCCUUUAUGCUACUGUCCAGACCCAAUAUCCACUAAUCUAAAGAGACUUCAGUCUAUAUGACAAGAAUCCCCCAACUCAGGCUCCAAGGCCCACUUGAAGCAUUUUCAGAGUAGCAGUUUUUCUUUUUCGUUGGGGUGUUUUUUUUUUUCCUUUCUGUAUUUGAUUUCCUAGAAGUGCGCAAGAGUAGAGCUCUCUGAUCCCAUCAUGCCUUCUUGGUCUAACCACUGGUCUGUUUUUUGGGGAACCCUAAUUCUGGAGUACCUUGGGACCAAGGCCUCAUGUAUGGCAUGCUGGACCUGGAGAUUGCUGCAAGGCUCUGUCUCCCAGUAGCAAACCAGAACAUUUGGCAGCAGCUACCAAAGCACAGUCUCCCUCUAUUCUGCUAUUUACUUGUUGCAUGUAUAUUUUCAGUAUUUGCAGAUUCGCUUGUAUUGAAAACCCAUGACUGCACUACCGUUGGCUGGAAAUUUGAGUUGGGUGGGGGAUAGUUUUAGCCCCAGUGGCAUUUAGUGCUUUCUGUCUCCUCCCUUCUCUUCUUCUUCACCCGUGUGCGAUCCACUGAGAUAUGCUACUACUGCCAACAGCAAGAUCUUAUGCUUGCUGAUAACUAACUGCUGGUGGUGUGGUUUGUUGUUGUUUUUUUGCUUUUGGCAAAUGUGAUAUUUAAUGGUCAUUUGGCUUCAGGGAUGCCACAGGGUGGAGGGGAGGUAUUGUACUAAGUUGUGGGGGGAGGGGAAGGAGAGACUACACACUCCUAAAGAUAGUCCUUACCCCCACAAAGAAUCGACCAUGUGUUAGAAAAGUGGAUCAAACAAAUUAGAGUUGUUUUGGGGAGUAGGGUUGUUAGGAGGCAACAGUAAGUUACUGACUUAGCACAAUGAAUGUGAGUCAUGGCUUGCCAGUGACAGUGGGCCAGCAGGUGUCUUGUAGGUCUCGCAGCAUAGUUAGAUGGGUUUUUGUUGGAGGCUUUCCAAUGUAUAUGGGUCAGCAAAAGAGAAGGUGAAGACUGGGAAUGUCAGCCAAGUGAAGGAGACAGUACCUUAUUAUCCUAUCAAUCAGCUAGGUAGGGUGGGAUUAGAAGUGCUCCUUGGCAGGGCUGGAUUAACCUUUUGUGGGCCCAGUGCCAAACAUAUUUGUGGGCCCCCAUGGAGGUAAUGGAGCAUGGCACGGGGAGGUCAGUCCCCAGAGCGAGGGGCCAGCCAGAGGCAAUGGGGCAUGCCAUGGCAGGGGCGGCCCUGCUCUCCCAAAGCGAGGGCACUAUUUACAAACUGGCAGUUGCCAGAUGCACAGUGGCCUGCCCAGCCCUGUGCUGCCGGCAUGCCCCUUCCCCUUGGGGGCAGGCCCAUGCCACGCCACACAGUCCCCCUGCCCAACACCCUCCCAACUCCCUAUGGCCAGAGCCCCCCCAGACCCACCCACAAAUGCAUAGCACCCUGCACAACACCACCCCUGCCCACAGCCCCACUACAACUGCCCAGCACCCUCCCUAGUGCCCUAACACACACACCUUCCCCACCCCCUCACAGCCCAGCCCCACCCACAGCCCCCAAGAGACCCACUCCCCCACACCCUGCUUCCUGGCCACACUCACUGGCCUGCUGGGAGGCAACUGUGUCUGCCAGGCUGAGCUGGCAGCGCAGCCAAGGCUGGUCCCAGGGCCGGGAAUUGCUCUGUCCCUUCAGGAGAGGUGCAAUCAGCCAGGCCAGGGCCUGCCCUGGCCAGGCUCUCUCAAGAUGUACUUGCCUAGAGGGGCCUAGCCAAGCCCCCCACAUUGUCUUCCUGCCGCGCCCUCUCCCCUCCUUGGCUGAGACUGGCCAGACUUCUGCACCAGUCCCAGGCGGCUCAGCUCUGGGGAGACAGGAAGGGCCCCACAGGUGGUAGGAAGCAGAGAGGCGGAGGUGCACUGGGGUCCAGCCGGGGGCUGAGAGGGGCAGGGGGUGGGGCCAGGGAGCGGAGAGGAACCCUUUGCCACCUGGCGGGCAGGCCAAGAGGAGCAAGUGGUGGGCUGGGGGGGAGCUAGCGGGGUCUCGGGGUGCAGUGCAAGUGGAGCAGGCCAGGGCCCCUUCUGAGCAUGGGCCCGGCUCCGUGGAGCCACUGGCGCCAUUGAAAUCCGGAACUGCUUCUUGGUAAAGACAAGCAGGUUGUGGUUAAUGUACUGGAGGGACGUAGUGGUGGUGGAUGUGAUAUGCUUUGAAGAAACAGCAUUUUGAAUAGAUUUGAGGGCAAACAUUCUCCCUAUGAAAGCCUAGGUCAGUGGUUCUCAAACUUUUGUACUGGUGACCCCUUUCACAUAGCAAGCCUCUGAGUGUGACACCCUCCACCCCCUUAUAAAUUAAAAACACUUUUUAAAUAUAUAUUUAACACCAUUAUAAAUGCUGAAAGCAAAGCAGGGUUUGGGGUGGAGGCUGACAGCUCAUGACCCCCCAUGUAAGAAUUUUGCAGCCCCCUUAGGGAUCCCAACUCCCAGUUUGAGAACCCCUGGCCUAGAUCUUGUCUACAUUACGGACCUUAACACUGGUUCAGCUAGGCUGGUGCAAGCCCCUGGUGUAGACACAGUACACUGGUGUGACUUACCACAACUUGAAACCAGGGUUAAUUGCACCAGUGCAAGCCCCACUUCAUACUCAUACAGUACAGCAGGCUGUGGUAAAUUGCAUCGAUGUAAAAAUCCCUCAUGUAGAGUAGUUCUUCGAUUCUAGGGCACAAUCAUGAGGCAAACUUCUUAAAAAAAGCAGUGGGAGUAGGGUGGCUUUGUGGAUUUUGCUGCAAUGCUUAGAAUGUUAAUCUUUAAACUCAUAGCUCUCUCAAUUCCAAAUCUGACUGUAACUGCUGUAAUGUUGCCUUGAAUCUGUAGUAGGCUCAAACAGACUGAAUCAGCAUUGCUCAUCCUAAAUGCUCAAAAAAUGAGAAUCAGAACACAAAUCACGAGAUUGCAUUAAAUCAGGAGACUUAAAAAAAAAAGUGCUGGGUCUUGUUUGCUUUUUUGAGCAUUGAAGUUCCAUAUUUUCCAGUUCUUCCCUGCAACGGUAAGGGCUAGAAACUUCUUAUUUUUAAUUAAUUGAAAUCUGAGAUUCUCUCAAUUGCAGGAGGGUGGAACUUUAAGGAAAAAACCCUCCAAGUAUUGAAAGACUCAUGAUGAAAAUUACAAGUUGGCAAUACAAAUACCGAGUGUACUAAAACUCCAUACUGAAGUAUGAAUUUGGAGGCUCCACCUUUAAUUGUUCAAUAUGGAGGGUUCCAGUGCUGCUUAUACCAUAGGCAGGGAGAAUAAAUGGCUCAUCUACAAAAUGGGUGGAUGGGGCUGAAAUGUAACCAGGCAGUUGUAUCCAUCCCAUUAAAUUUUAAUCUGACCUCUUUAAUAUUGUAAUUUAUGUAAUAUUCUGAGUAAACACUCCUAUAAUUACUGUGUGGAAGGUGUGGAGUUGAGAGGAGAAAAUAGUGUGGUCUUCCGUUCUAAUGAGCCAAUCUUACUUUGCCCACAGCAUGGAAGUAUAAGAAUUAGCCCUUCCUAAAUAAAACAGGAUGGGCAAUGUUCUAUUAGUUACCCACCUCAGUCAUGGCUCAGACAAACUUCCAGUAGGUAAUUUCCUUUACUACAGAAGCUUAUACCUAAUAGUGGAGUUAAAUGAAGCAUCUUCCUGUUUCAGCCCAAUUAGUUUUAUAAGUUUGUUUUGCAUACAUACAAAAGGAUCUAUUGAUAUUAUUCCUAUUGACGCCUUCUCAAUAUGUGCAGGAUUUAUUGUUUUCUCCUCCCCUCAAAAUAUUUGAUAGGAAGAGAGCAUUUAGAAUUGGGUGUCUUUCAUGAAUAGUCUAUUCAUGUUUUAAAUAUCAUUGCCUUUCUAUCACUAAAAUAAACUCUAGGCAUUAUACUGAUGCAGCCAAAAUGCAUAAAUUAAGUGUUUAAAAGGGUUUUCUAACUUAUAUUUGUGAUUUGAAACCCAAAUAAGUUUUAAGAAACCUUUUUGUGCGAGAAGAAUGGCUUGAACAACGUUGUAGAAAUUGUGAUAUAUUCUAUUGCAUAAAAACAUUCCUUCAGUUUCUAAACCAGCAGUAUAAUUAGAAACCACCUCAAUGAGUGAGCUAGCCAGUCCACACAAAGGAAGUGGGUGUGAGAAUACAUGUUAUCUUUAUCUGAAGGUCAUGAAAACCACCUUUUCAUGCUGCCCAAUAUUGUCUGAUUGUUUCCCAUCUGUCUGUAUCCAUCUGUUGUCUCUUAUAUUGUAUGGUCGUUGGAGCAGGGACUGUUGUUUUGUUCGUUGUUUGUACAGCACCUAGCACAAUGGGGUCCUGGGCUGUGACUAGGGUUCCUAGGUACUAUAAUACUAAUAGUGCAGGUGGAGAGUGAGUUUAAAGAUCCCCCGGAGGGGUGGGGGUGGGGGGGGAGGGAAGAGAACAAAUAACUGAAAUCCAUAUAUGGCUUUACCUAUAAAUCUGAACUUAAAAGACAAAGCACAUGGUAAAAACAUGUGGCUGUUGGGUUCUCAGCGGGGCCAGAGGGCAAGGACUUAAUUGAUUAAGAAAUACAAUAAAUACCUAAUAUGCUGAAGAAGAGAAAGUUUACAUAGAGCCUACAUAUUUCCAAGGAGAGCUUUAGAGAGCAAUAAGAAACAAAGAAACUAUCAGACUUAUAAUGUCUGACUUCAGUGAUAAACCAUGUGGCUCUUUAUUGCAGUCAAAAAUCUAAAAGAAACCCUAUUUAAAAAGGAGAUCCCCUUCCCCCAUCCCCUCCCACAUGCACCCUUGGGACCAACCAAGAACGAAUGAAUAAAUUGAAAAAUGCUCCAGAAGCUGAAUGCUGAGGCAACAGCAUUAAGAAAAAAAUUUAAACUACAAGAACAAAAGCUGUGUAUUUGUAGAGCCCUGCAAAUCUGUAGCUAUCUACUUUAUAUCCACAGACGAUGUUUGCAGAUACAAAAUUUGUUAUCAGCACAGGACUCUAUGUAGUUGGGGAUGAGCAACAAGCAGAGAUUUUAUUAGAAAAGAUUGGGAUGGCUAUUAUGCAGGAAGUUUUCAGUGUUGACUCUGAUACACAGAGUUAAAAUAAGAAAACAACCAAAUUAAAUGUGUGCCUCUAUUUUUCUUUCACUAGCAUGGCUUAUGUAAAUGAUUAUUUUGUUUUGGAGCAAAUUGGCUUUCAGCAUUACAUAAUUGAGGCUUAAAUUCUGCCUGCUGCAGAAAAAUAGAUGUCUGAAAUAUGCUUCAUAUAGGACCAGUCCACAGUCCAUAGAAAAAUUCCUAUUGACUUCAAUAGGCUUUAGAUCAGGCUCUAUAGUCUCUGUGUGAGAAACAGUUGCAUGGUGUUUAUUGCUUUGUCAGAACCACUGUAAGAUAACUUUAGUUUUAACAAAUACAACCACAUUUAAAUAUACAUGUUCAGGCCCCAGUCCUACAAUCAGAUGGAGUCAGUCUUUCAUUGAGUUUAAUGGGCUUUGGAUUUGUUUCAUAUUUCAGGGUGGGCUUUUCUGUUAUCCUGCAGUACUGUAUAUCACUCAUUGCUGAAAAUUUCCCUCGUAAUAUCUGAAUCUCCACAAAACCUCUACUUAUUUCUCAUCCCAUAAUACAUAGCACAGGGGUUCCACAUGUACAGUUCUGUGGAACUGUAGCCAUAAUUAAUGAUAUAAUGGGACAACUUUCCUUCUCCUCCCCAGCAAAGAUGGACAUAAUUAAAAUACCAUCUUUAGUAAGGAAAAAGUCAUGGAUCAUUAUUUCUGAGAUUUAUUUUUUUGUUUUGUUUAUGGAAUUCCUUGUUGUUUCACUUUCUUAUAUGAAAAGCAGUUUUAUACAGGACUUAGCCUUUAUAAGAUACAAUCUAUGUGUGCUUAUAUGUAAGGAUUGUGAAGGUUUGUAUUGUUAAUUAUUACAUUUUUGUUAAUUGUUUUAACUCAGUUAUACUUUAAUAAUACCUGCCAUGAAUUUAAGCUACAGUGGUGGUAAUGUCUUUAUAUGGGUUUGCUUUGAUGGGGAGAGAUGAAAAUAAGACACCAAGCAUCAUAUGUGACAACAUUACACAAGCAAUAGCAACAGAAUGCCUGUCUGAGGGAAAUUAGUUGAAGUACUUCAGAGGGACGUUAUCUGUAAAGAAAAUUGCUUGCAUUAAGAUCAGUGUUUUGAAGACCUUCAUCUGCUCUUUCUCUUUGCUCCCUGAUUGUCUCUGACAACAUAAUGAAUCCACAGCAACGUCAAAGAAAACAGUAGUUUCACUACAACCAGGGAAUAAAUAGAGUAGUAGAGAAUUGGAGGAGCCCGGUUUGUUUUAAAAUGGAUCCUGUAGAAAAUGACAAGUCUCUGAAUACACUACUUUGCAAAACUUUCUCUGAGUCAUGAAUGUCCUCUUAAAAUGUACCCUGAAAGUUUUAGCCUUUUAAAAAUGUAACAUAUAUUGAUUUGGUCAUUUCAAAGUUGGGAUAAGAAAUAUAAGCUUACCAAAAUAAGGUACUUAAUUUCUUCCUUUAAAUAAUAAAACCAGGUUUCUAAUCUUCCCUGUAUUUAAAAUGCCAGGCAACAAGUUUUAUGUUUGAUAUGUUGUAAUUUGUAAAUAAAAUAGGGCUGAAACUGUA